CAAAAUAAGAAGUAAAAGGCAUAUGAUAAGAUUAUAUAGAAGUUAACAUAAAAACUUAAAACAAUUUUCGAUGUUACGGGUGUUGAAUGUGGUUGUCAGAAAAGUCGGCAACAACACCAGACAAAAUUUAAAUAAAUUCCAUAGUGGUGUUGUAUCCAGAAUGUCCGCAGCUACAUCGGAAGGCGCUACUGGAAAAUCCAUAAUUGCGAUUUCCCAAAUGCGUACAACAAACAACAAAGAAGAAAAUUUUGCUGAAGUGCAGAAAUUAGUGGAAGAGGCAAAAUCACAACAAGCUUCAUUUUUAUUUUUGCCGGAAUGUUGUGACUUUGUGGGUGAAAACAGAAAGGAAACAAUUGAGCUUUCCGAACCGCUCACAGGCGCAACAAUGAAGCAGUACCAGAAACUAGCAAAACAGCAUAAAAUAUGGUUAUCACUCGGUGGUAUACACGAAAGCAUAUUGGAUGAUAACUCUUGCAAAACAGAUAAAAUAUAUAAUGCUCACGUAAUAGUAAAUGAUCUGGGAGAAGUGGUAACAGUAUAUAGGAAGCUGCAUUUAUUUGAUGUUGACACGCCCGAGUUUCGAUUCCGUGAAUCUGAUGUCGUAACAGCCGGCCCUCGUUUGGUGUCACCUAUAGCAACGCCUAUCGGUUAUUUAGGUUUACAAAUUUGUUAUGAUUUACGAUUUGCUGAAACAAGUGUGUUACUUCGAAAAUCUGGUGCUCAAAUUCUUACAUAUCCGUCCGCAUUUGCCUUCACGACAGGCAAAGCGCAUUGGGAAACUUUGUUACGUUCGCGAGCGAUUGAAAAUCAAUGUUUUGUUAUUGCUCCAGCACAAAUUGGCUAUCACAACCAGAAACGUCGCAGCUGGGGCCAUGCAAUGGUAAUAGAUCCUUGGGGAAAAAUAUUGACUGACAUGGGUGGAGAGUGCGAAUCCGCCGUUGCAACAGUAGAAAUUGACUUAAGCUCAAUAUUACCAAUACGCAAAAGCAUGCCAUGUUUUGAUCAUAGACGCGGAGAUAUUUAUUGUCUUACUGCUUACGGUACAGCCACGUUUGAGCCAACCGAAGACCGCAAUUUUGCCAACAACAAAAUCCUGAAGGAAACAAUAUUUUACGAAUCGGAGCAUUGUUAUGCGUUCACUAAUUUAACUUGCGUUGUGGAAGGUCAUGUUCUGGUAUCUACUAAACGCGUUACGCCAAGACUUAGCGGUUUGAACUGUCACGAAAUGGCAGAACUUUUUGAAGCCGUUUGUAAAAUACAACGUAUGCUUGAAAAAAUAUACAAGACUACAUCAGCAACUGUGACCGUACAGGAUGGAACCGAUGCAGGCCAAACAGUACCACAUGUACAUUUUCAUGUAAUGCCCAGACGUCCAGGCGAUUUUGGGCAUAAUGAUCAAAUUUAUGUUAAACUGGAGGACCGAGUUGAAAAUCAACGGGAGCGCACGAUUGAAGAACGAAUCAGUGAAGCACAAAUAUAUCGAGAGUUUUUAAAAGCUGAAAACACUAACUACGAUAACAAAAUAGUUUGAAAUUAAAAUAUAUAAGACUAUAUGUAUACCAUAUGUAAAAAAUCUUACAAAUUAUAUUGAAAAUAAAAGUA